AUGGACGUCGAAGAACCAUUUAAUCCGGAUUACUAUCUGCAUGUAUUAUCGUCCCUUACAGUUAAUUCGAGAGCUCUAAUAACGGAGCUAACCUCUUUGGCCGAUAAAUACGUUGAUGAAGCUGAUAAAAUAGUAAGUUUAAUCGAAGAACGUAUUAAGAAAUGCUUACCACAGUAUAAAUUAUUUGCAAUUUAUCUUGUUGACUCAAUUUGUAAAAAUAUUGGGAAUCCAUAUAAUUUAAUCUUUGGUAAUAAAUUAUAUAAUAUAUUUACUCAAACAUAUUUGGUUGUUACUGAUACUCCAACAAGACAAAAUCUAAUUAAUUUAUUCAAAACUUGGACCAAAGCCCAAACUAGUUCUGGUUUAGAGUUAUUCCCCAAUGCCGUUAUUAAGAAAAUCGAACAAUUCAUCAUUAAAGCAACAUCUAUUAAUAAUCAAAAUGGACAAGGCAUUCCAUCUAAUGGAAUGGUACCAGCUAGAAUCACUCAAGAUAUGUUGUUAAGAGAAGGAAAUUACUUACUACAAUAUAUUAUCGCUAUUGAUGAUGAAAUCGAUCAAAUUAAUAUUACAUUAAAUAAAGAAGAAGAAGAAUUCAUCAAGAAUAAUAAAAUGACCAGAAAUAAUUUAGUAUUUCAAAUUAAUAGCAUAAGUGAUGGUAUAAUGACAUCAUCAAGAGAAGAAUUCGAUAUGAAGGCCCCUCAAUACCAAAUAGAUUUACAAAAAAUAAGGAAAAUUAUUGAUGAUCAAAGUUUCCAGCAACAGGCUUUUCUCAAACCAUUAAUACCGAAGAUCAUCAAGGCAAAAGAACAUGAAGGAGAAUCAUCACCGGAAUCGCCAAUUGAAGAAGAAGAUGUCAAUGAAUCAUCAACCAGUACAUCUCCGGAACAAAUUGAAAUUAAUUUAAAUCCUAAAUCAGAUAUAUUUGAUGAUAUUUUGAUUGAUAUAAAUCAAGAUCUAGCGUUUAAAAAUAUUUUGGCCGGUUGGGGGAAACCACUUGAAAUAAAUAGAAGACCUUCAUUAACUUUGAAAGUCCCCGAAACGAACAACGUUAGUACUCAUACUCCUAAAGAAGAAUCAGAAGAACCAACUAGUAUUGCUAGUAGUCUAGGGCUUAAUUUCAACCCCAUCAAUUUUCUGGAUUCAUUUUUAGGUAGUCCUCAAAAUGAAAUCACCCCAAUAGUUAAAAGUGAUUCUUUAUACGAUGAAGAUGAUGAUGACAUUGAUUCCUAUGAUCCUGAACAUAGCAUAGUUGGAACCGCAACCUCCAGUUCCUCUACAUCUACAUCUACAACAACAACAACAACAACCUUGCAAUCUAGUAUGAAAAGAAGUCAUCCAUACGAUGAACCGAAAAUGGUCAAACGAGUAAGGUUCGUGGAAUAA